GGAAAGGGGAGGGCGGUCGACGUGUCAGCUCCAGAUUCCUGCUCAAUGGGGAACAACUGAACAAGAACACGCACCCGAGUCCAAAACACCAAACACACAUCAUUAUCCAUCUUCCCACCAUCAAUCAGGCCGGGCGUUAGUUUGGUUUGCAGUUUCUAGCAACUUUGUACCGUCCGAAACCCCCAGGCCACAGCCAAUACACUAGUCGGUUGUCACUUGCUCAAUUUAUGCUUUACUUUUUAGGCCUUUCUUCUUUAAUUAUCUGCAUUCAUGAUUGCCAGUGGAGGAAACUCGGAUCAUUUUUUCUUCCAGCCUUUUGCUUUUGUGUUCCUCCGACUCCAGUUCAGCCAAAUAUUUUAGAAUAAUACAUUUUAUUAAAAAGGAAUAGGAGGGGGAGCAGAAGAAAAAGGAGAAACCCACAGAAAAUGGUGGGGGAAGGGUUUUUACUACUGCUCUCUCCUAGUCCUAUCUAACUGUAUUUAAUCCCUCUUUGACAUGGAACAAAACCCUAAGGGUUCUUGUAAGAACCAAUCGCCGCCAGAUUGAUCUCAGCCGUCAAACCACCCCUCUCUCUCUCAUUCUUCCUUCCUUCCCCCUUUGCUUUGCUUGCUUUCUUCACUCUGUUCCUCCCAGAAAAUUGUUUUCACUCGGAAAGCCAAGCAACCCACUUCCUCUGAUUCUGUUGCUUGCUGGGUUCUUGCUCUUUUCCCAUGUUUUGGCUGCUGGCUGUAGCUGGUGCUUUUCUACGGGGCAAGGUCUCCAAAGUUGUCUGCUUUGGGUUGUGAAUUUGGCCGUGGAAGAGAAUAAUAAACCCUCCCCUGUUUCGGAUUCCUCUCUUAUUUUCUUGGGGUUUUGAAUUAUAAAGAAAUGUUUUCUUUUAUUUGAGGGGUUUGGUAGGUUAGGAUGGUUGAUAAUUAGUUUUAUCAUCAUUUCAGUGUAGGUGAUGGAAAAGUUUUGAUUUUUGGCUUCAUUUUCUCGUCUUAGGUUGCUGUUCUUUCUCCCCUCAUGCUUUUUUGUUACAAAACCCCCGAAAGUUGCAGUCUUUGAACCAGUAUAUAUGGGGGUUUAGCUCCGGUGGAAAGUUUUGAUUUUGUUUCGUUUCGCGGGUGUUGAUCAUUUCCGAGGUUCGCUCUAAGUGGGUAAAUUAUCAAUUCUGGAAUUUGAAAAACCAUGUUAUCUGAAUUGGGAAGGAGACCGAUGAUAGGAGCUAGUGAUGGAUCAUUCGGUGAUGAUUUAGAGAAGGAAAUAGGGUUGUUGCUCCGUGAGCAGCGCACUAGACAGGAAGCCGAUGAUCUUGAGAGGGAGCUCAAUUUGUAUAGAAGUGGGUCUGCUCCACCCACUGUUGAGGGUUCGCUCAACGCCGUCGGCGGGUUGCUGGGUAGUUCGGCGCUGCCUCACGGUGGAGUAGGAGCCGGUGCAGGAGGAGCCGCCUCCGCUGCCUUUUCGGACUUCGCUAGUGGUAAAAAUGGCUUUAUGAAUGAGGAGGAGCUUAGGUCUGACCCAGCUUAUUCAGCUUACUAUUACUCAAACGUGAAUUUGAACCCUAGGCUGCCCCCUCCUUUGAUAUCAAAGGAAGAUUGGAGGUUUGCUCAGAGAAUGAAAGGAGGAGGGAGUUCCGUUGUAGGUGGGAUUGGAGAUAGGAGGAAAGCGAGUAGGGCAGAUAAUGGGAGUGGGAGGUCAUUGUUUGCUAUGCCACCUGGUUUUGAUUCGAGGAAGCCGGAGAAUGACAGCGAGCAGGAGAAGGUUCACAACUCCUCUAGUGAAUGGGGUGGGGAUGGACUGAUAGGUUUACCAGGGUUAGGGCUUGGGACUAAACAGAAGAGUCUUGCUGUAAUCUUUCAGGGUGACAUGGAUCGGGUAACUCCUAUUGUUGGCCAUCCUUCUCGCCCUUCUAGUCGCAAUGCGUUUGGUGAAAAUGUAGAUAGCAUGAAUGCAGCUGAAGAUGAGCUAGCUCACUUGCGGCGUGAGUUGUCUUCUACAGAUCCUGUAAGGUCAGGUGUCAAUGGCCAAGGUUCUUCUGCUGUAACAAGUGUUGGUCAAGCUUCGUCUUACUCUUAUGCAGCUGCUCUUGGUUCCUCUUUGUCUAGGAGUAACACUCCUGAUGCUCAACUUGUAGCUAGGGCUCCCAGUCCUUGUCCUACACCCAUAGGGCAAGGGAGGAAUUCUGCAUCUGAAAAGAGAGGGGCUACUAGCUCUAACUCAUUUAAUGGCAUCCCCACCAGCAUCAAUGAGUCUGAAGAUCUUGUUGCUGCUUUAACUGGUAUGAACUUAAGUAAUGGUGUAGAAGAAGAAAACCAAUUUCCAUCCCAGAUGGGGCAGGGUGCUGAUAACCACCACCAGAACUAUUUAUUUGGUCUCCAAGGAGGUCAGAACCACUUGAAGAAUCAGAAUGCUUAUUUUCAGAACUCGGACUCUGGGCAUUAUCAAAUGCCUUCUGUUUCUCAAGCUGGAAAGAUGUCAUAUGCAGGUUUAGGCAAGAGCAAUGGUGGUAGGUCAGACCUCAACGACUCAUCCUUUGGGGAUAGGCAUGUCGACAUGCAAAAGUCAGGUGAUCGUCGUGGUAAUAAUUCUUAUCUUAAUGGGUCACCUCCAACAACUCAUAAUAGCCGAAGUGGCUUGCACACUUACCAACAUAUGGAUAGCAUGAACUCAUCACUUCUGAACUAUGGAAUGGGUGGGUAUUCUGUUAACCCAGCUUUGGCUUCUGUGAUGGCUGCUGGUCAACUUGGCUCUGGAAAUCUCCCACCGUUAUUCGAAAAUGUUGCAGCAGCAUCAGCCAUGGGUGUCCCUGGUCUGGAUUCAAGGGUCCUUGGAGGAGGUAUGGGAUCCGGAGUAGGUCUCACAGGUGCGAAUCCUGAAUCACGCAAUCUUGGAAGAUUGGGGAGCCCUAUUAGUGGAAGUUCCCCUCAGUCACCAUAUGUUGAUCCUUUGUAUCUACAGUACCUGAGGACUCCUGAAUAUGCUGCUGCAGCCCAACUUGCUGCUUACAAUGAUCCCACUGGUGAAGGGAACUAUUUGGGCAACUCCUAUAUGAAUUUACUUGAAUUCCAAAAAGCUGCCUAUGCUGGAGCUAUGCUGUCCCCACACAAAUCACAGUAUGGCGGCCCUGUGGGUGGUAAAUCUGGCAGUUCUAAUCUCCAUAACUACUAUGGAGGUCAUGGUUAUGGUGUUGGUGGCAUGUCAUAUCCUGGGAGUCCUCUUGCAAGUCCUGUUAUUCCGAACUCCCCUGUUGGGCCAGGUAGUCCAAUUAGACACAAUGAUCUGAAUAUGAGGUUUGCUUCUGGUAUGAGGAGCUUGGGUGGUGGUGGUAUAAUGGGUCCAUGGCACUUAGAUGGAGGGGUGGACGAAAGCUUUGCAUCCUCACUUCUAGAAGAGUUCAAGAGUAAUAAAACCAAGUGUUUGGAACUUUCAGAAAUUGCAGGUCAUGUUGUUGAGUUCAGUGCUGAUCAAUACGGGAGCCGAUUCAUCCAACAAAAGCUAGAGACAGCCACAAUAGAUGAGAAGAACAUGGUGUAUGAGGAAAUCAUGCCGCAAGCUCUUGCUCUGAUGACUGAUGUGUUUGGUAAUUAUGUUAUCCAAAAGUUUUUUGAGCAUGGGCUGCAGUCACAGAGAAGGGAACUAGCUGCCAAGUUACUCGGUCAUGUUUUGACGCUUAGUCUUCAAAUGUAUGGAUGCCGGGUGAUUCAGAAGGCAAUUGAGGUUGUUGACCUGGACCAGAAGAUCAAAAUGGUUGGAGAGCUUGAGGGUCAAGUUAUGCGCUGUGUCCGUGAUCAGAAUGGAAACCAUGUCAUCCAAAAGUGUAUUGAAUGUGUUCCUGAGGAUAACAUCCAGUUUAUAGUCACAACAUUCUAUGAUCAAGUAGUGACCCUCUCCACCCAUCCUUAUGGUUGCCGUGUGAUACAGAGGAUUCUGGAACAUUGUGAGGACCCAAACACGCAGAGUAAAGUCAUGGAUGAGAUCCUGGGAGCUGUCAGCAUGCUAGCCCAAGAUCAGUAUGGCAAUUAUGUUGUUCAGCAUGUACUGGAGCAUGGAAAGCCGCAUGAACGAACUGCUAUCAUUAAGGAGUUAGCCGGGAACAUAGUCCAGAUGAGUCAGCAAAAGUUUGCAUCGAAUGUUGUCGAGAAGUGCCUGGCAUUUGGCGGUCCUGAUGAACGGCAGCUGCUGGUGAAUGAGAUGCUGGGCACUACAGAUGAGAACGAGCCUCUUCAGGCUAUGAUGAAAGACCAGUUUGCAAACUACGUGGUACAGAAGGUGCUGGAGACUUGUGACGAUCAGCAGCGCGAGCUGAUCAUGACACGAAUCAAAAUCCAUCUCAAUGCACUGAAGAAGUAUACGUAUGGGAAGCACAUUGUUGCUCGCGUUGAGAAACUUCUUGCUGCUGGAGAAAGGAGAAUCGCUGCACAGUCUCUGCAUCCCCCACAGGGGGCGGUGUCGAGCUAAGAAGGGAAAGAAAAAACGCUAAAGAGUGGGAACUCCUUUGUCUGUACAGCUAACUGAGGCUAGUGUGAGCUUCUUGGCAUCUUCUUUGGUGGUGAUGAUGAUGAUUGAAGUUAAUAAAGUUGUAGCGUUGUAUCGGUGAGCGAGGAUAGCGAGAGCGAGAAACUGUACAUUUUGUAGUUGUAAGGGUCGUCUGUCUGUCUAUACAUACGGUCGAAAGCUGAGCUGAUUGCCAUCCCAACAAGAACAACCGCCACCUUAUAUGGAGAGGACAUAACGGCGAAUCAAUAUGUACGGAGUUUCAGGUAGGGGUGUAAAAAAGAGAAGGAAGCAGGAAACGUUCUAGUCUAUAAGGAAACGUGACUGUAAAGAAAAAAGGAAAUAUGUUUGCUUUCGUUGAGAGCUCUUUAUGUUUAGUCUUGAGGCCUACUGAGUGAGUACUGAGGUUUACUUCUUCCAAUGGCAAUGUAUCCCUAGUUUCUGCCUUCCUGUUCAUAUUCACUUCCUGCAAACCCAAGGAUUCCUCAUCAGCAAACCCAUUUCUUCCUCAUCAGCAAAGCCAAGGAUUCCUCAUCAGCAGAUUCAUCAAUUCGAUCGAAUCCUUCGAAGCUCGACGGUUCACCGAAUUUGGCGAGGAAGAGAAUGGAGGAGGUCGUGCUUCAUUCACUGAGAUGGUUCGAGGACAGGACGAGAGGGGAGAGGGUUUGUAAUAGGGGAACUACCGGAAGACGCAAUCAACACUGCUGAAUGAUGAGAUUAUCUUGAUCCGUUGGUUUGGGGGAUUGAAUCAGGAAAACAGUUUCUCUAAAAUGUCAUAACGGAAAAAAAAAA